AUGACAUCUGAAAUACCUUCUCAAAAUAAACCCUCUGCAAAGAGCAAAAGUAGAUCUACGAAUUACUCAGUUCAAGAAGACAUUCUUUUGGUAUCUGCAUGGCUCAACAUUGGCUUAGAUCCAGUGAAAGGAAAUGAUCAAAAAAGUACUGCAUAUUGGGCUAGAAUUGCAGAAUACUAUCAUAAAAACAAGACUUUUGAAACUAACCGGGAUGCUAGUUCUCUACAACACCGUUGGUCUGCAAUUCAAGCGGCUGUUAAUAAGUUUUGUGGAUACUAUGAACAGAUUCUGAAUCGACCACAAAGUGGUGAGACUGAACAAGACAAGCUCCAACGAGCGAAAAAGAUGUACAGAGAGAGAGAAAAAGUUGCAUUUUUGCAAGAACAUAACUGGAAUAUCUUGAAGUAUGAGCAAAAGUGGAUAUCGUUCAGUGCCAAGAAAGCUGCAAUUGCAACUACUAGAAAAAGGAAGUCUGUAAAUCCUGAAGCGUCUCUUCAAAAUGCUUCAUCUCCAAUAGUUUUAGAUGAAGGCAAUGGUGCAACUUCUGAACCUUCUUUCAUGGAGCGGCCAAUAGGACAAAAACAAGCUAAGGACUUGUUAAAGAAAGAAAAGGUUAAAGAGAAUGUGGCUUCACAAUUGGAACAAUUCAGGGCAUUCAAAAGAGAAACUGAACGUAGGAAAGAAGAACGUUUCCAAUUGAGUCUUUCUCAAGAAGAAAAGCUCUAUAUUCUCAAGGAAAAAAAGGAGCAAGCGAAACAACAACGAGAGGAUGAUAAAAUAAUGUUGAUAGAUAUCACUACUCUGCCGGAAAUGCAAGCUGCAUAUUUUAGAGACCGUCAGGCAGAAAUCAUGGCAAGAAGAGCCCGUCCAAGUGAAAGUAUGUAG